AUGAGACAUUUAAGUGAAGAAGAAUCAUUAAAAGCAGCACAAUUAGCAGUAGAAUUUAAAAAUGAUCAUGUAGUUGGAUUUGAUCUUGCCGGACCAGAAAAUGGAUUUAUGCCAUCAAAACAUAAAAAAGCAUGUCAAUAUGCUUUUGAUAAUGGAAUUCAUGUUACUAUUCAUGCAGGAGAAGCAGCAGGAUAUGAAAGUGUUGAUGAUGCAAUUAAAAAUCAUGCAGAAAGAAUAGGACAUGGAGUAAGAUUAUUAGAAAAUAAAGAAACAAUUAAAAAUGUUAUUGAAAACAAAGUUGUUGUUGAAUGUUGUUUAACUAGUAAUAUCCAAACUAAAGCUAUUAACAAAAUGGAAGAUCAUCCAAUUUUACAAUUAAUGGAAUUGGGAAUUCCUUGUACUAUUAAUACAGAUAAUACUACUGUUAGUUCUUGCUCUUUAAGUGGUGAAGAUGAAUUAUUUACUAAUUUAUUUGGAUUCUCAAAUGAACAAAUAGUUGAAUUAAUUAUGAACUCUUUUAGAGCUGCUUUUAUUGAAGAUGAAUCAAUUAGAAUGAAAUUAAUCCAAGAUGCUUAUACUAAAAUGAGACAACUUAAAAUUAUUGUCUAA